AUGGCUGAUGGGUGGACUGAUACUAGGCGUAGAAUAUUGAUUAAUUUUCUUGUCUAUUGUCCUAAAGGUAUUAUAUUUAUACGUUCUAUUGAUGCUUCUGACUUGGUUAAGGAUGCUAUUAAUUUAAGUAACUUGUUUGAUGAAAUUGUUAAUUGGGUUGGUCCUACAAAUAUAGUACAUUUGGUCACUGACAAUGCUGCAAAUUAUGUAGCUGCUGGAAGAAUUUUGUGUGGAAAAUAUAGGAACAUUAGUUGGUCACCUUGUGCAGCACAUUGCCUAAACCUAAUUUUUAAAGAGAUUGGGAAGAUGGAUCAUGUAGCUAAACUUGCAAAACGUGCAUCCAAGAUCACUGUGUUCAUCUAUAACCAUGUGGCUUUGCAAGCUUGGUUGAGGACUAGAAAAAAUUGGACGGAAAUUGUGCGUCUAGGGCCAACUAGGUUUGCUACUACUUUCAUUGCCUUAGGGAGUCUUAAGGAACAUAAGCAUGACUUACAAGCAUUGGUGACUAGCAAAUUUUAUGUUGAAUCAAGAUAUGCAAAAGAUAAGAAAGCAAAGGCAGUGGUGAAAAUCAUUCUUGAUAAUCAAUUUUGGAAUGAUUGUCAUGUAAUUGUGCAUAUUAUGUCACCAUUGAUUCGUUUAUUACGCAUUGUUGAUUUUGAUGAAAAACCAGCUAUGGGUUAUGUAUAUGAUGGCAUGUAUAGAGUAAUUGAUGGAAUUAAAAAAAAUUUCAAGGACAAGAAGAGACUAUGGGAGCCUUAUGUUAAUAUUAUCAAGGAUCGUUGGGAUAAUCAAUUCUAUAGAGAUAUUCAUACUGUUGCUUAUCGGUUGAAUCCUGCAUUCCAAUAUGACACAUCCACUCUUAAUAAGAGGCUAGAGACACAAUCUGCUGUGACAGAUGUUAUUGAAUCAAAAGUUUCAGUUGAUGAGUGGUGGAAGUUGUUUGGAUCUUGUGCUCCAACUUUACAAAAGUUUGCAAUUCGGAUCCUUAGCCAAACAGCUGCCUCUUCGGGAUGUGAGCGGAAUUGGAGUGCUUUUGAACAAAUACAUACCAAAAGAAGAAAUAGAUUGGAGCAUCAACGACUUAAUGAUCUUGUGUUUGUUCAUUAUAACUACCGAUUGAAAGAAAGAGUCAAAAGGAAGAAGUUCAAUUUUGAUCCUAUUGACUAUGCAAGUAUCGAUAAAACUGAAUUUUGGGUAGUGGAAGAUGAGGAACCUCCAUUUCUUGAUCAUGAGGAGAUAGAAAAUGCAUUAUAUGAAGAGGGAGCCUAUCCAAUUGAAGAAGGGUCUUCUAGCCAUGUACAAAGAGAUAUGGACAAUGAAGUGAUUGAGGAUGAUGAUGAUGACAUUAAUUUGGAAUCAUUUGGUGAUGAAGAUGAUGCUCCUCCCGGAUUUAGAGAUAAAAAUCAUCCUAUUCAUGUUGAAGAUGAAGAAGAUGAAAAUGAGGAUGAUGAUAAUGAUGCUAGUGGUGGAGCAUUUGGUUCACAUGAUGAUAUUGAUUUCAAUUUUCUUCAUAACAAAUGA